CGAGAGAAUUCCCGUCAUCGGUUUUUCCCGACGUCAUAUAUAAAUGUCCCAGUGACUCCUGCUGAAGAUGUGCGCUUGGUGUAGUUAGUUCACCGCUGUCUGCUUCACACAACACCUUGAGAGAAAAGGAGCCCCACAGAAGGCGAGGCAAUGUAUCAGUCAGUCCUCCUCGCACUGCUCGGCCUGAGUCUCGGGUUGGUAAAUGCGUUUCCUGCCCAGGAUCCAGACAGUGGCAAGAACUGGGUGGUGAUCGUAGCCGGCUCCAACGGCUGGUACAACUACAGACACCAGGCUGAUGCCUGCCAUGCCUACCAGAUUGUCCGUAAGAAUGGCAUCCCAGAUGAGCAGAUAGUGGUUAUGAUGUACGAUGACUUGGCUAACAAUGAAGAUAACCCCACCCCUGGGAUAUUGAUCAACAGGCCGAACGGCACAGAUGUGUACAAGGGAGUUCCUAAAGAUUACACCGGGGAUGAUGUAACCCCAGAAAAUUUCCUGGCAGUGCUGAAGGGCGACUCCUCGAAAAUCAGAGGUGGUUCAGGAAAAGUGUUGAAGAGCGGCCCCAAUGAUCAUGUGUUUGUAUACUUCACUGACCACGGAGCACCUGGCAUUCUGGCUUUUCCUAAUGAUGAUCUCCAUGUUGAAGAUCUCCAAGAAACCAUUAAAUACAUGCACGAAAACAAGAAAUACAAAAGGAUGGUGUUUUACAUUGAGGCAUGUGAGUCUGGGUCAAUGAUGAACCACCUGCCUGCUGACAUUGACGUGUACGCCACCACAGCAGCAAACCCCCACGAGUCCUCUUAUGCCUGCUACUAUGACGAGAAGAGGGACACAUACCUGGGCGACUGGUACAGCGUUAACUGGAUGGAGGACUCUGAUGUGGAGGACCUGACAAAAGAAACUUUGCUGAAACAGUUCAAGAUUGUGAAGAGCCACACAAACACCAGCCAUGUGCAGCAGUACGGGAACAAGACAAUGGCCCACAUGAAGGUGAUAGCAUUUCAGGGUAAACGCAAAGCAGACAGCGAACCCGCCCCUCCAAUGACCCUGCAGCCAGUUAAGAAUCUGGAUCUCACCCCAAGCCCCGACGUUCCUCUGGCCAUCCUCAAGAGGAAGAUGAUGGCCUCCAAUGACAUCAGAGUUGCGAGGGGCCUGCUGAUGGAGAUCAGCUCCCACCUCAAGGUCAGGGAGAUGCUGGCUGAGACUAUGCACCGACUGGUCGAGAGGGUGACCGGAGAUAAGAUCAAGGCUGAGGAGGUCUUCAACGAGAGAGCCGAACUGUCCCAGCAUCAGUGCUACAAGGCUGCAGUCAACCACUACAAACACAACUGCUUCAACUGGCACAAAACAGAGUUUGAAUAUGCUCUGAGACAUCUGUACGCUCUGGUGAACCUGUGUGAGAGAGGAUACCCUGCAGACAGCAUCCUGCUGGCCAUGGACUCAGUGUGUCACAGCAAGUAAAGGUCUUUCAACAAAAAUCCACUGAAGUCUCAGAUCAAGCUGUUUCUUCCAUGUUGGACGGCCUGAGAAGACGAUGCGUCUCUUUGCACAGUUUAGGAAUCAAUCUAAUGUGGAGUUGACGUUAUUGUUUAUCAACACACUAUAACACUUAAAAACCUGUGAUGUUUUUUUGAUUUUACUGAGAAUUUUUAAGUGUGUUUUAUGAUGAAUUGCACUAUCACUGUAGAGUGUAUGUGAAUGACGUUUUACUGCUUCUGAUUUGUAUUUUUUCCCUUUUUUUAUCACAUAGGAUAGACAGCUAUAACAUGGAAAUCAUGUCAAUUUGUUCUCCUCUGUUUUAUUUGUGGUACAAAAUGCCUGGUGUGAAUGUUUCAUUGACAUGUAAAGGACAUGCCUUUAAAUACUGAAUGUUAAUUGAACCUCAAGAGACUCUGUUGUAAAACAGGGAUUUUGAAAUAAAAUCUUUACAGACCAAAAA